UUCGCAGUCUGCUCGCGCUCCUGAGCUCGAGACACCCGCCACCAUGCCCGCCACAGCAACCUCUUCCGGGAGGGGCGGGGCUAACUUUUAGUCUUCGCUCGAUUCGCUGUCCGUACUCCUGCGCACAUCGGGCGGCUGACCUAACUAGAGUCAAUCGGAAGCCCAGAAAGUGUUGCCCGCACCGUGAAGCUACGGAGAAUUCCGCGCCUUCAUGCGUAGUCCCACUUAAGGCGGAAGACACCGCGAGAUCUGAAAUAACGUCUUGUCUUCAGUAACUGAAGAUAACGGAGGUAUAUAUAAAGUGCAUCUAAAAUUAAACUACGGGGACCGUCACCGGCAUGGCAGCAUCUAGUCCCUGUGUAGUGAUUAGCGAUGAGGAGCAGGGCUAUGACCUGGAUCUUUUCUGCAUACCAAAGCACUAUGCUGCUGACCUGGAGAGGGUCUAUAUCCCUCAUGGACUCAUCCUGGACAGAACAGAGAGGCUGGCUAGAGAGAUCAUGAAAGAAAUGGGUGGACACCACAUCGUGGCCCUCUGUGUGCUCAAAGGAGGGUACAAGUUUUUCGCAGACCUUCUGGACUACAUCAAAGCCCUCAACAGGAACAGUGACCGCUCCAUUCCCAUGACAGUGGACUUUAUUCGCCUCAAGAGCUACUGUAACGACCAAUCGACAGGUGAAAUCAAAGUGAUUGGCGGGGACGAUCUAUCCACUCUGACAGGCAAGAAUGUCUUGAUUGUGGAGGAUAUUAUCGACACAGGAAAGACUAUGAAGACGUUAUUGCAACUCCUCAAACAGUACAAUCCUAAAAUGGUCAAAGUAGCGAGUUUGCUGGUGAAGAGGACGCCACGAAGUGUUGGCUACCGACCGGACUUUGUAGGAUUUGAGGUCCCUGAUAAAUUUGUGGUGGGAUACGCACUAGACUACAACGAGUACUUUAGAGAUCUAAAUCACAUCUGUGUCAUCAGUGAAACGGGGAAGGAGAAAUACAAGGCAUGAGGAUCACUUGUCCAGUUUUUGAUGAUGGGUUGUAUUUUCCUUUCUCCCUUCAUUUUAUAUUUGAUUUCUUCACGUUGUGUCAAAAGAUCAUCCGCCUGUGUUCAGGGUCAACAAAGAUACAUGGAGGUGAUGGUUUUGCCUUUCUUUUUUCAAUUUCUUUUUAAAAAUUAUUUGUAAUCCAACACACACACAUGCACACAGGAAAAGAGACUGCCAUCCAAAGAACCAAAUCUGGGUCAUAGAGCAUGGAGCCCAGCCUCACCUUAAAUUAGCGUAUAUAACGAUGUCAUGCCCCCACACUGAUUUAUAUUGUCUGUUUGUGUAAAAUUAAUUUAUUCAACAAUGCUGCUAGCGUAAUGUAAAAAGUAAUCCUUUUGUGCAUUUCCAAAUUAUUUAAGAAACAAAGUCGAUUUUUUUUUUUUUUAAUCUGAUUUUUCUUUAAUCUGGAUUCACCAACGGCUGUUUUAAAGGCGCCUAUAAAGAAGAUGUUGCAAUUAUUGACGUGUAUGUCUGGGACAUAACGCACUGUUGUUCUGUCGGGUUUAAGGGCACCUUCGAAUUGCUUUGAGUUUCAAGUAAACUUUAAGGAGGCUGUUGUCCCUGAUUAAUAAACCUGUGCAUGUUAAAGGUCUUUUGACAUCCUCUUAUUCAUAAGUGUUAUGUUUUCAAUCAUUUUCCAAUCCAAGCCAUGGAUGUUAUUAGACCGCGACUUUUUUUUUUAAAUGCUGCCAGACACGCCAAGACUACAGCUUGGACUUAUUUUAAAAGAAAGUCAAACGUUGCUCAUGUCCAUUUAAGUACAAAUUCUUGCCUUCACUUUUUCUGUAAACCUGAAGUUUGCAACAUCAGCUAUUAAACUGUUCCCACUCCUUCUCUGACAAA